AGCUAUCAUGAGCUCUUCUGCAAACACAAAAUAUGACACACGAGUCAGCAAGGCUAACUUGUUAGCUAGCAAGCUAACGUUAGCUACUAGCUAGCUAACUAAUGGUUGUCGACAACUUGGUGGCUAGGUACUGAAUGAAUGGGCAAACCUGGAAUAAAGGUGAGCACAGUUUGGCAAUCCAGGGAAGGAUCAGUUCUGGUAACAUCAUGGCAGAUGGCAGGAUCUACGUGGGGAACCUUCCGGCUGAUGUGCAAGAGCGGGAUAUUGAGGAUAUAUUCUUCAAAUAUGGCAAAAUCCGAGACGUUGAGUUAAAGAAUAACAGAGGCACUAUUCCCUUUGCCUUUGUGCGCUUUGAAGAUCCACGUGAUGCAGAGGAUGCAGUCUAUGGGAGGAAUGGUUAUGGAUUUGGAGACUGCAAGCUGCGCGUUGAGCACCCUCGCUCUGCCUCCUCUAAAUUCAACGGUCCUAUGGGUGGUGGUGGUCGAGGGGGUGGUGAAGGAGGUCCCGGUGGUCCUAAAGGGAGGUUUGGGCCUCCUACUCGAAGGUCAGAGUUCAGAGUUAUUGUGACUGGCCUGCCUCCGACUGGAAGCUGGCAAGACUUGAAAGAUCACAUGAGGGAGGCGGGAGACGUUUGUUUCACAGAUGUUCAGCGGGACGGGGAAGGGGUGGUGGAGUUCCUGCGCAGAGAGGACAUGGAGUAUGCCAUGCGGCGCCUAGACAGGACGGAGUUCAGAUCACACCAGGGGGAGACAUCGUCUAUCCGGGUCCAUGGAGAGAUUGGGGACAGCAGAGGACGCUCCCGGUCCCGUUCCAGAUCCAGGGGACGGUACUCACCCGCUUAUCAAGGUCGCGGCUCUCCACCCCCUCGUUAUCAGUCACCCCCUGUUCGCAAGGUGUCUCGCCAUAGCCCUCCUCCACGUCGCCCACCUGCAGCACACCGUAGCCCACCCUCCCGCAGCCCACCCCCCCGUCACUACCGAUAGUCUACCUACAGGAUGGAGCCAAGACUGCUGAUUACUUUUUGUGUUGCUUUUCGUUUUAGGCUGUCAUGUGCAUUCCACUAUGAAGACUGUCUCCAAAGGAGGACUUUUUAAAAUAGUGUAGACAGCGGAUGGGCAAAUCUGCAUUUGCCUCACAUUCUAAGUGAUUCAUUCUCAGACCUAGGAUAUAGCUAGUUAGGGAUAUUUGUGAAGGAGACUGCAUAUUAGAGGGAUGCAACAUCAUACAGCUCUUUAGUAAUGUGUUUUCUUUAACAAAAAAAAAAAAGCAUGUUUCUGUAAGAGCCUGUCUAGACAGCCCUUCCUUGUGGAUGGUUGCCUUGCAAAUGUGUUUGUGCUGGUCUCUAUUUUGUUCCUCUUAUUUUACAUGAGUGAAAUUAUUUGUAACUACUCCUGCCCCCAUUCUCAAAAUAAUCUUUGUAUCUUGUAACAGCUUUGUAAAAAGUAUUUUUUUUAUUUUUUUUUAUAAAGUGAGUACUCUUAGUA